UACAAGAAGUUUGGAUUUUUUUCCCGAUUCUUUUUUUGGAGAGGGAAAUUGCAUCGUAAGCUUUCGGAGAAACCCAACAUGUCAACUACCUUUCCGGGACUAGUCCACGAUGCCGAGAUACGUCACGACGGAUCAAACAGCUACCGUUUGAUGCAGCUUGGCUGUCUGGAGUCCGUAGCCAAUUCCACUGUCGCCUAUUCCUCCUCCUCUCCUUUAACUUACUCCACCACCGGCACCGAGUUCGCGUCCCCCUACUUCUCCACUAACCACCAGUACACCCCGCUCCACCACCAGUCCUUCCAUUACGAGUUUCAGCACAGCCACCCGGCCGUCACCCCCGACGCCUACUCUCUGAACUCGCUCCACCACUCGCAACAGUACUACCAGCAGAUCCACCACGGGGAGCCCACCGACUUUAUUAACCUGCACAAUGCGCGGGCGCUCAAGUCGUCCUGCCUGGACGAGCAGAGGCGGGAGCUGGGCUGCCUCGAUGCCUACCGCCGCCACGACCUGUCUCUCAUGAGCCACGGCUCUCAGUAUGGAAUGCACCCAGAUCAAAGACUCCUGCCAGGGCCCAGCCUGGGGCUGGCCACCGCGGGAGCGGACGACUUGCAGGGCUCCGUGGAAGCCCAGUGUGGACUUGUUCUCAAUGGUCAAGGUGGAGUGAUAAGAAGAGGUGGCACCUGUGUGGUGAACCCCACAGACUUGUUUUGCUCUGUCCCUGGCCGUUUGUCCCUUCUCAGUUCAACUUCCAAAUACAAGGUGACGAUUGCUGAGGUGAAGAGACGCCUCUCACCACCGGAAUGCCUCAAUGCUUCACUCUUGGGAGGCAUUUUGAGAAGAGCAAAAUCCAAGAAUGGGGGCCGCUGCCUGAGAGAGAAACUGGAUAGGCUUGGCCUGAAUUUGCCAGCAGGAAGACGGAAAGCAGCCAACGUUACCCUCCUCACUUCCUUAGUUGAAGGGGAAGCUUUACACUUGGCUCGGGAUUUUGGCUACACUUGUGAAACAGAGUUUCCAGCCAAAGCUGUAGGAGAACAUCUUGCCAGACAACAUAUGGAACAGAAAGAACAGACAGCACGAAAAAAGAUGAUCCUAGCGACCAAACAAAUUUGUAAAGAAUUCCAAGAUCUCUUGAGCCAAGAUAGAUCACCACUGGGAUCCUCCAGACCCACUCCAAUUCUAGACCUUGACAUCCAGAGACACCUAACACAUUUCAGUCUGAUCACUCAUGGCUUUGGGACUCCAGCAAUAUGUGCAGCCCUAAGCACUUUCCAAACAGUCCUCAGUGAAAUGCUGAACUACUUGGAAAAACACACUACCCACAAAAAUGGCGGAGCAGCGGAUUCUGGCCAAGGACAUGCCAACUCGGAGAAAGCCCCCCUGCGGAAAACUUCAGAGGCUGCCGUGAAAGAGGGCAAAACAGAAAAGACAGACUAGCUACAUCAAACAGAAUCUAUUUCUAGAGAGUCUUGCUGCUGAUAUUUUUUCUAAUAUAUAUAUCAUUGAGGGUGAUUAAUCUUCAGUGGACCAAAUCUCUACCCUCCCCCAACCCUCCAUAAAAAACAAAAAUGGAAAUGAAAAAUGAAACAAAAAGGACAAACCCCCCCCAAAAAAAGAAAAAAAAAAAGGAAAACAGCAGUGUAACUGUGUGAUGAAAUUGUCACUUUUUAAUUUUAUGUUAUGAUAAACUCUUUUUGUGCACGUAAUUUAUUGUUCCAGAUGAUAUACAUCACAGUUUUUAAGAACUUCUGGACUCUGGAGAGAGAGCACAUGCUUUUUCACAUCUAACUGAUGCACUUUCUUAUCCAACCAUGUAGUUAGGGAUUAGAAAGCAUGACCAACUGGAAUCCACCACCGGUGCUUACCGCUCCCAUCUUUCUUCACUUAAUUCCCUGGGAACAGAAGAGUGCCUCUUCCCAUUAAAUAGACCAGUCUGGCAAUCAAUCCAUCAAUAAAUGCUUUGGGAACUGAAAAGGGCAGUCACGAAUCUUUGUCUUGUGGAUUGACAGAAAUCCUGAAAUUUUGGUCACCCCUAUCCUACUUAACUACCAGUGCCUUGGUGGUAUUUAAAAAUUCCAGAAAAAUCUGCCCUCUUUAUGUAUGACGAUUCCCAACCCACCCUAGGACCUCCCUCCACCCAUAACUAAGAAGAGACAGCAUAAUAUGGAAGAGCUAAGAGAUGAACUCUUCUA